AUGGGGCCUCGUAAAUGGCAAGACGAAAAACUAUUUCUACAGUUGCUCGCAUCCGAUGAGCCUCCACCAAGAUUACUCUACUUCCUCCAAAUUCCCACGUCACAGAUAACUGCACCUAUAGAUAUCGGACCACAUAUCGUUCACCGGGAUGGGUUGAUCGAGGAGCUCAUCGCUCGACUGAAAGCAUUUCAUAUUGUUCGGGUGAGGGGGACUCCUGCUUCGGGUAAGACAACCAUCGUGAUUCUAUUAGCCAACAAGCUACUUGACUGUGAUUAUAAUACUUCUCUUUACGUCAUGUCUGGUUGGGAUGUAGAUAUGGUAACGAGAGCAAAGGGCUGGGCCGGUUAUCUCGAGCAACGAACUGGUGUCCAUGGCCGCUCCUGGUUGACACAACGAGGGUAUCUCCUUAUCGAUGACGUCGCGCUAUGGGCGGAUCUGUUCAAAGCUGUUGACCCAACAUCUCAACCUUACAUUGUACUGUUCAUGUCUUACGGCUCUCCAGAUAGGGGCUUUUCGGGUUUCGAGCGAAAACAUAUGGCAACGCCAAUUUUGUUGAGGGACAGUAAAUAUCACUUAGGCCCGAUAUCAAUAUCCAAUCACCCUGGAAACCUAGGUCUGCCCCCAGCACGGAUCCUUCAAAUACCUCAUGUCGCCGCUGUUCUUAAAAAAGCCAUUGCUUCUGAUGGGAUCCUCACAUCCAGCUUCGUGGGUACACCUCAGGAGGCACAAGAAGGUCUCGAACAUAUCUUAGCCAACGGAUGGCUUCAUGCAGAGAUUUGCGAUAGAGGAGAGCGACACAUAUUCGCAAGUCAAAUUCACCGUUGGUAUUGCCAGUGUCUUUUCUCCGAGAAACGCCUUAAUAACCAACUUGGAUACGACACUCCUUCACAGCUAGCGCUCGACGUUAUCAGAGGAUUCCAGCCAUGUCAGCUAGCACAUGCGCCUCGUUCAUUAGCAGGUAGUUCCCGACCACUAGAAGACCAGUAUCAGAAGGAGUUUUAUCGCUAUCUCUUCUCUUUACUGGAUGGGCAUGUUGUCGUGUCUCCCGAGUUCGUAAUUCAGUCGGAUAUUAAAGGUGGAGCAAUUGACUUCCUCAUUACCCAGAAGAAGUGGGGAUUGGAAUUCAUUGGAGAACGUGACCGGCUUCAAGAGCACAUGGACAGGUUCAAGCCAAAUGGACAAUAUUUCACUCUAAUCGAAAAAGGCCGGAUGGACCACUAUAUUGUUCUCGACUUCACCGCUACAAUGCCUCGAAAACCCCAUCCAGAGUUCCAGAACCGUUUAUACCACAAUGUAUUCUCGAAAACAUAUCGGGAUGUCUCAGUGAUUAAUGGAUGGAACCUUCGAGUAGUUGACGCCUUUGUCUUGAUGGAGAAUAGAAAUUAG